UCUCCAAAUCGAGGAAAUUUGCAGUUCCAAUCGCAAAAAUGGAGGUACCAGGUUCAUCCAAAAAAAUGAUAGCAACACAAACAGAAUUAGUUGAAAACAAAGUACCAUUAGCAUAUCGUGAUCAAUGUGCACAUCUUUUAAUCCCUUUAAACAAAUGUCGUCAAUCUGAAUUUUACCUACCAUGGAAAUGUGAAGACGAACGUCAUGUUUAUGAAAAGUGUGCUUAUGAACUUGUUAUGGAACGUAUGCUUCAAAUGAAACAGAUCCGUGAAAAUGAAGCCCGAUCCAAACAGAAAAACCCGGCCCAAGCCCAACAAGGGAUUCCUCUUAUCCCUAAAACUGCUAAUGCUUAGGGUUUUCUUAUCAUCUAGGUGUUUACUUGUAGGGAGAACCUGCACAAAAUCAUGUUAGCUCCAUCUGAAUUCAACUUUGGCUUACUAUUUUGACAGGGAGAUGAAAAAUUACCAAGAGGUCUCCAGAAACCCAGAGCAUUGUCAAGUACUAGGUGGUGGAUUUAUAUUUGAAGUUGAUUUCUGUUGAGUGAUAAAAGAUGGUGGACUCAUUGAACCUCUACCUGAAUGCAAAUAAUGUUUUCAACAGAGUUUAUGCUAUUCUAAGACCAGUUUGUCAUUUUGCUUAAA